CUCAGCAGCAACACCACACGACGUGGAUGGAUGUGCCUGGUACUUAUAAGGAGACACCUCUGUCUCCGUAGCUUGUGCUUUCACUUCGUCUGUAGCUCGUCCUUUCCCUUUACCCACCAGUGCAGCUACCGGGAGGUAGGAGAGCGAGGCCGUACUACUUAGCUAGGUACUGUUUCUCUCGGUUGCCCUCUCCAGCUUUCAGGUCCUCUGUUUCUCUCGGAAAACGAUAGUGCUGGUACUAGGAGCUAGGCUCGACCGCCCUCCCGCCGAGGGAGCGGCGGAAGCGUACGCCGCCGACGGGUCUCUCGACUUCGACGGGAACCCGGCGCUGAAGCGCCGCACGGGUGGAUGGCGCGCGUGCCGCACACUUCUCGCUAUUGAAUUCUGCUACAACCUAUCGAUCAAUGGGAUCACGUGCAACCUCAUCACGUACCUCACCGUCGUCCUGGGCAAGGGCAAUGUUGCGUCUGCAAGAAGUGUCUCCACCUGGCAGGCCACCAGCUCCGUGAUUCCACUGGUCGGCGCCAUCUUGGCCGACUCCUACUGGGGAAGGUACCGCACCAUGGUCAUCUCCUUCUCCACCUUCGUCGUGGGGAUGAUCCUGACAGCUCUCUCGGCGUACCUGCUGCUGCUCGUCAAGAACGGCAUAUCGAAUGUGGUGGCGGUUCAGGAGUCCAUCAUGUUUCUCGGCCUUUACAUUAUCGCGGUCGGAGUACGCGGUCUCCGGCCAUGCCUGAUGUCCUUUGGUGCCGACCAGUUCGACGACGGCGACCCGUUGGAGCGCAGGGCGAAAGCCGCCUUCUUCAACUGGUACGUGUUCACCAUGUACUGCGGGUCGACGAUAGCAAGCACCGGCAUCGUGUGGGUGCAAGACCACUACGGCUGGGCACUGGGCCCGACGAUCCUGGCCGUGGGACUCUCCUGCCUGGUUGCGACAUCGCGCAAGUACAGGUUUCAGCCAACCCAUGGCAGCCCACUCACCGGAGUGUGCCAGGUCGUCGUCGCCGCUGUCAACAAUUUCAACGUCGAGUUGCCGUCCGAUAGCUCUCUCCUCUAUGAGCUGCCAGAUGACAAUCCUGUGAUGAGGGGAUUUGAGAGGAUAGAGCACACCACCGAUCUUCGAUUCUUUGACAAGGCAGCCAUUGUCGGGCCGUCGAACAAGGAGAUGGAGGAGACAGACGCGCCGGCGUUGCGCAGUCCGUGGAGACUCUGCGCCGUGACGCAGGUGGAGGAGCUCAAAAUCCUCGUGAGGAUGCUGCCGCUCUUGGUCACCAUCGUGUUCUUCUACGCCGUGGCGGCACAGGUCCCGUCAACUUUCGUGGAGCAGGGCAUGGCGAUGGACACCGCCGUCGGCUCGGUGCGCAUCCCGCCCGCGUCCAUGUCCACCUUCAACGUGCUCACCAUCGUCGUCCUGAUCCCGCUCUAUGACCGGGUGUUCGUGCCGGCGGCCAGGCGGCUCACCGGGAGGGAGAACGGCAUCUUGGGGCUGCAGAGGAUCGGCGCCGGCCUCGCCAUGCCCGUGCUCAGCAUGGCCGCCGCGGCGUUUCUCGAGACGGCACGCCUCCGCGCGGCAAAGGCAUCGCCGCUGGCGCCAAAGGCGACGAGCGUGCUGUGGCAGGCACCGCAGUACGCGCUGGAGGGCGUGGGCCAGGUGCUCACAACCGUCGGGCAGUUCAGCUUCUUCUACGGCCAGGCGCCGCCCGCGAUGAAGACAGUAUGCACGGCGCUCGGGCUCCUCUCGAUAGCAGCCGGGGAGUACCUGAGCUAGUUCCUGCUGACGGCCGUGCAGUGGGCGACGGCGACCGGCGGCUCGCCGGGGUGGAUCCCCGACGACCUGAACGAGGGGCACUUGGAUCGCUUCUUCUGGAUGAUGGCCGGACUGGGCUGCCUCAAUCUGAUGGCUUUUGUGAGCUGCGCCGUGGGGUACAAAUCAAGGAAGGCUUGAUGCCGACGAUGUGGCAGCAAUUUCGUCGAUAAUCGUUAGCCAUGUUCACCAAUAUGAAGACAACUUGAUGUAUGCAACGAUUCGCAUUCGUAAACAAGAGGGAAAUUGGAUCAUCAAUUUGAUGUGGCAGCAAUUUUGGCUAGGGUUUCCGCCGCUCGAAAUUGGAUAGCACUACUUUUUGGAACGAGUAAUUACUUACA